CAAACCCAAUUUUAUUGUAAAAUCCAUAGAUUCCUGGUGGAUGCAGAUUGCAGAGUCCAGGUCUUUCCCUUUCUCUCUUUUCCCCGCCCUGUAUCUAUCUAUUUAUAUCUCCAUCCUUUCCAUUUUUUAAUCUUCAUAAUUAUCCAUAUAUUAUUCCUUAUUCUCAUCUCAAAUUAUAAUUAAUCGAUUCAACGCUGGAUGGUAAUGUACGUGCCUGAAUCUCAUGAGCACGAUCCUUCAAUUUCGUAUAUUAGUUGCAGGACUACUAAUUUAAGUUGAGAUGUUCUCACUCUCCUGUACCAUAAGCUUCUGCAGUGACAUGUGUCUUUUCGUGCUGUUUCAACGUUAUCCGCUAUGCAUUUAGUACCGGGUGAUAGCCAGCCUGAAGAUUGUUCUGAAACAGAACCAAUAUUAGCUCCCUCUGGUACUGCACUUAGAUCUGUGGAAUCAUCAUCAAUUGAAAUACGAACUGUAGUUGAUGAUCCUUCUGUGACGUCGGAUGUUUUGCAAAGUUACGUGGACGAAAGUUGUAGUCUGGUAAAUGCAGACCAGCAACAAUGCCGUAUCUGCCUUGACAAUGGAGGUGAAGAUUUGAUUGCACCAUGCCACUGCAGAGGUACCCAGAAGUUUGUGCACAGAUCAUGUCUUGACAACUGGAGAUCAACCAGGGAGGGUUUUGCUUUCUCUCACUGUACAGAGUGUAGGGCCAUGUUCAUAUUACGUGCAAAUGUACCACCAGAACGCUGGUGGUUGAGAUUGAAAUUUCAGUUCCUUGUUGCUAGAGACCAUGCAUUCAUAUUUGUUAUUGUUCAGCUGGUUGUAGCAUUCUUAGGCAUCUUGGUGUACAAUUUAUACGGAGAAGAGCUCAGGGAAAUGUUUGGCUAUGCAGAACAUCCAUAUGCAUUUUAUACUAUGGCUGUUUUAGCUAUUGUUCUGGUGGGCUUGCUUUAUGGAUUCUUUAUAGCAAUAAUAUGCGGUCAGAGGAUUAGUGAGCGUCAUCACCAUGUUCUUGCCAAGCAAGAGCUGACAAAGGAAUAUAUAGUAGAAGAUCGAGAAGCUAAUAAAAAUGUUGCGGAGCUUGAUGCCAGCCAUGUUACAGAGUUAAGAAUGUUGGGCCUCUAUUAAGCUCAAAUCAAGCCUGAUUGACAUGUUUGGUCGUUUAUGCUUCUAGAUGGUUCUUCGGCAGCCAGUAGAUGGUCAUGAAGAAAGUUGCGGAUUGCUUCCAAUAUGUGACCAAACUCCCUAUGUGUGGAGCCUUUUUAGUCAUUUGUGUUGUGGAUGAUUUGUGAUUUAUUUCUCCCAUUUACCACCAGUGAUCGAGUGUUUCCAUUGUUAAGCAUCUGAAAGAAACAAUUGUUUGCUUAAUAGUUCCCUCCUUGAACGUUCUUGUACGUAAAAUGGCCCUUGAUCUGAGAACCUAGUGUUGGCUCUCAAUGUUGUAAGAUACUGCUGAUUUGUUGAUUCAUUAUCGUUGUUACCAACAGCA